AUGGAAGAUUUCAAUGAAGUAUCAAUGAACUUUGGAGAAUUUUUGGAACAACAAACAUCAACAAGUGUAUUAACAAACUGUAUCGAUUUAUGUAGGCAACAUCGCAAUUUCUUCAAGGUUUCCAAUGGUGUGUUGACUUUGUCUAAUUCAUCUAUUAAAUGGCCCACCAUUAUACAUGGUGGUUUUAAUUCAGAAGGUAUCAGACAAGCAACAAAGUAUAUUGAUACACCUGAAUACGAAGUUUUUUCUCGACUUAUCUCGUACAAUAUGCCAUUAUACUCAACAAAUCAACCAUUGUAUGAUGUUUUUAAUAGUAAAGCAUUAUUAAUGCCAAGACAACUACAUCCUCUAGAAUUACAAUUAUUCAAUGUUUAUUCACUAUCAAAUGAAUUACCUAAAUUUGUUAAAUCAUUUGAUCAAUUCAUUAAUAAUUUGAAUAAUCUUUUUUUCUUCUAUUGUUGGUAUCAUCUAAUUGAUUAUUCAAGAUUUCAUAUUGCUGGUGGAUGCCUGUUAACAUGUCUUAUUGAAAAUGCUUCUUUAUCAUCUGGUCAAGAUAUUGACUUAUUUUAUAAAGGUGUUUCAUAUGAUGAUUAUCUAAGUUCUAUUUAUAAUACAGAAGCAAAAAUGCGAGAAUAUUUUUAUGUUAAACGAAUAAAAAAUGCUGGACAACAGAUUAUUAAUUUACGAUUGUUCAUGAAUAGAACAAUUGAAAGUCUUAUUCAACAAAAACAAUCUAUUGAUCUUCAAUUUAUUUUUAUUAAAUCAGGUUAUACAUCAGAUCAACUAAUAACAAAUUUUGAUAUUGAUGCAACACAAUUUACAUUUAAUGGUGAAACUUUGCAAGGUACAAUGGCAGCUAUUGAAGCGAUACGAACAUCAACAAUUAUAAAUUAUGCUCUGAAUAAUGAUGACAAGGAUUAUGCACGUAUUGCUAUUAGAAUUGGAAAAUAUGUUAAACACGGUUUUAAACUAUUAGCUCCAGUUCGUUUCAAUUUUAAACGAUUCCAAGUUUCACCAACACAUAUUAGCAAUCGAAACAUUUCAUUAAAGAUAUCACAAUACAAUCCUAAUCAAGAUCAAUCUUAUUUAGAAUCAUCAGUUCAGGAAUACAAUAAUGCAAUUGACUAUGAAUAUCCAUAUAUAGUUUUCAGUCGAAAUUAUGAUUGCUUUUAUAUUCAGAAUAACUUUCGUUUAAAAAUGAUAUUUGCAAAUCAAUAA